AUGGCCGCGAAAUCUGACGGUGCACCCGUCUCUCUACGAAACGAAAUCCCACCCGAGUGUCCUUCCAGGUCGGACCCGCGGCCUGCCCAGCGCCGUCCCGCCGAGCAGCGCUACUCUCUCCCGGACUGCUGCUGGACGCUGUGCGCCCUUUUGGUCUUCUUCUCGGACGGGGCCUCAGACCUGUGGCUGGCCGCGGACUACUACCUAAGGAGGGACUACUGGUGCUUUGCACUGACUCUGGUCUUUGUGAUAGUCCCGUCCGUGGUCGUGCAAGUGCUGAGCUUCCGAUGGUUCGCCUACGAUUUCUCGGAAACCGUCGAGAGCGGCACGGCUGCGGCCGCCGUGGUGGCGGCGUCGGGCGCGGAGCAGAGCGACUUCAGCACCAAGGACAGCGGCGAGCGGGGCGCUGGCUGUACUGCCGGGGCCGGGGUGCUGCCAGGGCCGGGCACCGCGGGAGGAGCCCGGGGCUGCUACAGAGCCUUCGUGUGGGUUUUCCAGGGCAUCAUUCACAUCUUACAGCUGGCACAGGUCUGGAGGUAUGUCCACGCCUUGUAUUUGGGCGUGCAGAGCCGCUGGCACGGGGACCCCGAGCGCCGUCACUACUACUGGCGCAUGAUGUUUGAGAGCGCUGAUAUCAGCAUGCUGCGUCUGCUCGAGUCCUUCCUGAAGAGCGCCCCUCAGCUGGUGCUGCAGCUCAGCAUCAUGAUCCAGGCCAGUCAGGUGCUGCCCCUUCAGGGGCUUUCAGCUUCUGCCUCACUCAUAUCCCUCGCCUGGAUGAUCUCCUCCUAUCAGAAAGUCCUGAGGGACUCCCGAGACGAUAAGCUACCCAUGACCUACAAGGCCGUCAUCGUUCAGAUUCUGUGGCACCUGUUCACCAUCGGGGCCCGCGCUCUGGCCUUCGCCCUGUUUGCCUCCGUGUUCCAGCUUUACUUCGGCAUCUUCAUCGUGGCGCACUGGUGCAUCAUGACGUUUUGGAUCAUUCAAGGCGAAACAGACUUCUGCAUGUCCAAAUGGGAGGAGAUCAUCUAUAACAUGAUGGUGGGCAUUGUGUAUGUCUUCUGCUGGUUCAGUGUGAGAGAGGGGCGCACCCGCUGCCGGAUGCUCAUCUACAGUCUGACUGUGUUUGCUGAGAACGUGGCUCUCACCACUGCCUGGUACCUGUACCGCGGCUCUCGUACCUCAGACUUCUACGCCGUCAUCAUGGUGUGUGUGGUGGCCAGCAGCUACGCUCUGGGCACCUUCUUCAUGUUUGUGUAUUACUGUCUGCUGCACCCUGACGGCCCAGUCUCAGGGUGGGGCUAUAUCGUGGAGAAGGAGGUGCCCGUGGAGUCGCUGGUCUCGCCAGCUUCCAGCCUCCCCCCUGACCUGGUGAGCAGCCCCCCCAGGACCCUUCAGAGAACUAAAGGGUCAGACAGAGAGCAGGGGCCUGGGGUGGAUGGAGAUGUGUUUCAGGUACGACCACCUCGGGGAGCUCAGGCCCCGGUGCCACACCUCACACCCAGGACAGAGGGGCCCGUCAUCCGAAUAGACCUGCCCAGGAAGAAGUACCCUGCCUGGGACGCUCACUUCAUCGACCGCCGGCUGCGUAAAACCAUCCUGGUGCUCGAAAGCGCUGCACCGGUCACGCCAAGGAUUCAGUACCGCUGUCUGGGCACACCCAAAGAAGUGAUGGAGUACGAGACCACCGUGUGA